CAUGGUGGUGGGCAGCGACGGCAGGUACUUCAGCAGGACGGCCACCGAGAUCGUGGUGCAGAUGGCCGCGGCCAACGGGAUUGGACGGCUGAUCAUCGGACAGAAUGGCAUCUUGUCGACACCUGCUGUUUCCUGCAUUAUCAGGAAGAUCAAGGCAGCUGGUGGAAUCAUUCUGACUGCCAGCCACUGCCCUGGAGGACCGGGGGGAGAGUUUGGAGUGAAGUUCAAUGUUGCCAAUGGAGGUCCUGCACCAGAUGUGGUCUCAGACAAAAUCUAUCAGAUCAGCAAAACAAUUGAGGAGUACGCCAUAUGUCCUGAUCUUCGAAUCGACCUGUCUCGGCUUGGAAGACAAGAAUUUGACCUGGAGAACAAGUUCAAGCCAUUUAGAGUGGAGAUCGUGGACCCAGUAGAUGUCUAUCUCAACCUCCUUCGGACCAUCUUUGACUUUAAUGCCAUCAAAAGUUUGCUGACGGGACCCGGCCAACUGAAGAUCCGAGUUGAUGCAAUGCACGGAGGCAGGGAAGCAGCCGGCACCGCCCCUGCGUCCUGCGCGACCGGCUCCUCCAUGAACUUGCCCGACCCCGAACGCCUUGGCUCCACACCGCGGCGCAGCCUCCGGGGCUCCGACGGGGAGGACGCUGAGAUCGACAUCCUGGGAGAGGAGGGAGAUGAAGACCGUUUGCAGUUUCCAGAACAGUUAAGGGCUGAUUCAUCUGCCACAGGGAUCUAUCACAAACCACGGCGAUGCUUCUCCAGCCUAAAAGCCUUCAGCCAGUUGCCAAGGGCACUUGGAAUAGACCAGAUGUUCUGCUCUGUCCCACCAGGAGCGGUGAGGUGA